CGUGACCAGGCCGCGCGGCCAAUCAGCGCAGCGCUCCCGGGUGUUCAAAUCCGCCGCGGGGGCGACGGUUGUGUGGUGACACGCCGCCGCCGGUGUCGCGGACCCGAGUGUUGUCUUCUGCCGGCAUGGACGCCGCCAGGCACUGACGGACCUAUGGAGAGUCGGGGUGUGCCUCCCGGGCCUUACCGGGCCACCAAGCUGUGGAAUGAAGUCACCACAUCUUUUCGAACAGGAAUGCCUCUAAGAAAACACAGACAACACUUUAAAAAAUAUGGCAAUUGUUUCACAGCAGGAGAAGCAGUGGAUUGGCUUUAUGAUCUAUUAAGAAAUAAUAGCAAUUUUGGUCCCGAAGUUACAAGGCAACAGACUAUCCAACUAUUGAGAAAAUUUCUUAAGAAUCAUGUAAUUGAAGAUAUCAAAGGCAGAUGGGGAUCAGAAAAUCUUGAUGACAACAAUCAGCUAUUCAGAUUUCCUACAACUUCUCCACUUAAAACUCUUCCACGAAGGCAUCCAGAAUUGAGAAAAAACAGCAUAGAGAACUUUUCCAAAGAUAAAGAUAGUAUUUUUAAAUUACGAAAUUUUUCUCGUAGAACUCCUAAAAAGCAUGGAUUACAUUUCUCUCAGGAAAAUACAGAGAAAAUAAACCAUGAAAUAAUCAACGAAGAUCAAGAAAAUUUAGUUGAUAAUAGAGAAAUAAGCCAGGAAGAUGUUGAAGAAGUGUGGCGCUGUAUUAUUCUGAUCUACCUGCAAACUAUUUUAGGUGUGCCAUCCCUAGAAGAAGUCAUAAAUCCAAGACAAGUAAUUCCUCAAUAUAUAAUGUACAACAUGGCCAAUACAAGUAAACAUGGAGUAGUUGUACUACAAGACAAAUCAGAUGACCUUCCUCACUGGGUAUUAUCUGCCAUGAAGUGCCUAGCAAAUUGGCCAAAAAGUAAUGAUAUGAAUAAUCCAACUUAUGCUGGAUUUGAGCGAGAUGUAUUUAGAACAAUUGCAGAUUAUUUUCUAGAUCUCCCUGAACCUCUACUUACCUUUGAAUAUUACGAAUUAUUUGUGAACAUUUUGGUUGUUUGUGGCUACAUCACAGUUUCAGAUAGACCCAGUGGGAUACAUAGAAUCCAAGACCAUCCACAGUCUUCAAAAACCCAUCAAUUAAACAAUUUGAAUUCCUUCAAAUCAACUGAGUGUCUUCUUCUUAGUCUGCUUCAUAAAGACAAAAACAAAGAAGAAUCAGAUUCUACUCAGAGACUACAGAUAAGUGAUCAAGGAUUUCAAGAAAGAUGUGCUAAGAAAAUGCAGCUAGUUAAUGUAAAAAACAGAAGAGCGAGUACUAAUGACGUAAUGGGAGGAAGUUGUCAUAAUUUAAUAGGCUUACGUAGUAUGCAUGUUCUAUCCUCUAACAUCAAACCAAGGUGCUAUUCUUUGGAAGGAAUUGUAGAUAUGCCAGGGAAUUCAAGUAAAGAGACGUCCAGUGUCUUCCAUCAAUCUGUUCUGAACAUAGAAGGACAAAAUAAUGAACAAUUUUUAGAAUCUGAGCCCAAACAGGAAUUCCUAUUGAAUCUUCAUUCACAGGAAAGUAAUCAAAAGCCAUUCAGUGUUGGUUUUAAGAGAACCUCUACUUUGACUGUUCAAGACCAAGAGGAGUUAUAUAAUGGGAAAUGCAAGUCAAAACAGCUUUGUAGGUCUCAGAGUUUGCUUUUAAGAAGUAGUACAAGAAGGAAUAGUUAUAUCAAUACACCAGUGGCUGAAAUUAUCAUGAAACCAAAUCUUGGACAAGGCAACACAAGUGUACAAACAGCUAUGGGAAGUGAACUCGGAGAGUCUAGUACCACAAUCAAUAAAAGACUCUGCAAAAGUACAAUAGAACUUACAGAAAAUUCUUUACCUCCAGCUUCUUCUAUGUUGACUGGCACACAAAGUUUGCUGCAGCCACAUUUAGAGAGGGUUGCCAUCGAUGCACUACAGUUGUGUUGUUUGUUACUCCCCCCACCAAAUCGUAGAAAGCUUCAACUUUUAAUGCGCAUGAUUUCCCGAAUGAGUCAAAAUGUUGAUAUGCCUAAACUUCAUGAUGCAAUGGGUACAAGAUCACUGAUGAUACAUACUUUUUCUCGCUGUGUGCUAUGCUGUGCCGAAGAAGUGGAUCUUGAUGAGCUUCUUGCUGCAAGAUUAGUUUCUUUCUUAAUGGAUCAUCAUCAGGAAAUUCUUCAAGUACCCUCUUACUUACAGACUGCUGUGGAGAAACAUCUUGACUACUUAAAAAAGGGACAUAUUAAAAAUCCUGGAGAUGGAGAAAUUGCUCCUUUGCCAAUUUAUUCAUACUGUAAGCAGAUUAGCACUCAGGAGUUUGAUGAACAAAAAGUUUCUACCUCUCAAGCUGCAAUUGCAGAACUUUUAGAGGCUAUUAUUAAAAAUAAGAGUUUACCUCUAAAGGAGAAAAGAAGAAAACUAAAACAGUUUCAGAAGGAAUAUCCCUUGAUAUAUCACAAAAGAUUUCCAACCACCGAAAGUGAAGUAGCAAUUUUUGGUGACAAACCUACAAUCAAGCAACCAAUGCUGGUUUUAAGAAAACCAAAGUUUCGUAAUCUGAGAUACUAAGUGAAUUGAAAAUUAUGUAAUACUUGUGGAAUUUUGAUAUAUGAAGCCAUAUCUGAGAAUCUAACUACUAAAAAGGAAGUCUGUUAUUAAUAGGGGCUUCCUAUAUAAACACAUUAUGUAGGGAGGUGCCAGAAUAGUUGUUUAUCAACAUGAGAUUGCUAACAAACUACUAGUUCUCAACUGACAGCACAAACAAUAGGUGAUACCAAAUAUUUUAACCAGAAACAAUCUUUAGUUUUUAAUACAACUAUCAGAAAAAGCUAUCACGAUGUGUACUAAAUUGUAUUUACUUGAAUUUUGAAAACUGAGCUGCGUCCAUCAAGAUUAAGCUGUAAUUCUGUUCUUAAAAGAAAACUUAUGUGUACAAGUCCAUGGAUAAUUAGCUGAAGAACUAGUUGUUUAGGGUUACUUCUUUGUUUCUAAGUUUAAGAAUGUGAAUACCAUAUGAAAGCUCAAUGAAUUAAUUUUCAGUUGCUAAAUGUUGCACUCUUUUGUAUAUUCUUUUUCUACUUUUGUCCUAUUUAUAUAUGUAUAUGUAUGUAUGUAUUUUUAAAACAUGUAUAUAUAUUAUAAGAUUUGGAUGUGCCUUAAACAUUAUCCUGACUGCUUUAGUCAUUAAUGUGUUCAAUGUAUUUUGAAUUCUUAUUUUCAUAAUCUACUAGAAAGUGGUGAUUUAAAAUAAGUAUAAGGCAAUCAUGUAUUCAUUUAAAAGAUAUUUAUUUAGCAACUGCUAUGUGCCUUUCAUUGUUCCUGAUAUGUGGAAAUAAUGAAGAAUAAAACAAAAUAUCUUCCCUUAAGGUAUUUAUUUUCUAAUCAAGGGAGAUACACCUAUCAGAUGCUUAAAAUAAAAAUAUACUCACUGAAGUCAAGGUUAUAUGGAAUCCUUCAGCUAAAGACUGACUUCUAUGAUUAUCAAAUAGUUCUCUAUGCUAGCAGUUUUUUAGCUGGUACUCAUUAGAAUCAUGUGGGGAGUUUUAAACAUCUGUAUGCCCAGAGCCUACCUUAUACCAAUUAAAUCUGAAUUUUAGGGUUGUUAUAUAGGUAUCAGUAUUUUUUUUUAAUUCUCUAGGUGAUACCUAAUAUUCAGCCAACUUUGAGAAUCAGUGCCUUAAAUGCUUUUUUAUAAACAUUUAAAUGUCAACAUGGGAGCACGCUGACUUUGUAUUCAUUGGAAGAAAAUGCCAAGUAUAAAUGCCUCUUGUCUUAACACUCUGUAUUUCUGCUUGAUUGAUUUGUUACAAACUUGAAGCAAGUUGUCUUCCAUUUUUUAUUUCAAGAUUUUUGAAAUAUCUAUUCCUUAAGUGUAAAGAAAUAUAUAAUGCCUGGGAUGUAAUAGACUCUUAAUGUUUAAUGACU